ACCCCCAAAGCCUCUCACCCGCGGCAGCCCGGUGCGAGGUCCCCUCCAGAAGGUGAGGGGAAUGGAUUGGACUCCGGUAGGGAAAGCGGGUGUCUAGAAGUGGUGCUAAUGGGAAGAGAUUUCUGGUUUCCAAAGAGGAUGCUCAGCCACAAAGAGCGACUCGCGCGCUGGCCUGGGCUCUAGCCGAGGAGAGAUCCCGGGAGAACUCCAGAGCUCGCGGGGAGCGCUCCUCGGAAGACCGGGCUCAACAUGCCUGUUCGCAGGGGGCACGUGGCACCACAAAACACAUUUUUGGGGACCAUCAUACGGAAAUUUGAAGGGCAAAAUAAAAAAUUUAUCAUUGCAAAUGCCAGAGUGCAGAACUGUGCCAUCAUCUACUGCAACGAUGGGUUCUGUGAGAUGACUGGUUUCUCCAGGCCAGAUGUCAUGCAAAAGCCGUGCACCUGUGACUUUCUCCAUGGGCCCGAGACCAAGAGGCAUGAUGUUGCUCAAAUUGCCCAGGCGUUGCUGGGGUCAGAGGAGAGGAAAGUGGAGGUCACCUACUACCACAAAAAUGGGUCCACUUUCAUUUGUAAUACUCACAUAAUUCCAGUGAAAAACCAAGAGGGCGUGGCUAUGAUGUUCAUCAUUAAUUUUGAAUAUGUGAGAGAUGAAGAAAAUGCUGCUUCGCCAGAGAGGGUAAAUCCAAUAUUACCAGUCAAAACUGUAAACCGGAAACUCUUUGGGUUCAAAUUCCCUGGUCUGAGAGUUCUCACUUACAGAAAGCAGUCCUUACCACAAGAAGAUCCUGAUGUGGUAGUGAUUGAGUCAUCUAAACACAGUGAUGAUUCCGUAGCCAUGAAGCACUUAAAGUCUCCCACAAAAGAGAGCUGCAGCCCCUCAGAAGCAGAUGAUACAAAAGCCUUGAUACAGCCCAGCAAAUGUUCCCCCUUGGUGAAUAUCUCCGGACCUCUUGACCAUUCCUCUCCCAAAAGGCAAUGGGACCGACUCUACCCUGACAUGCUGCAGUCAAGUUCCCAGCUGACUCAUUCCAGAUCAAAGGAAAGCAUUUGUAGUAUCCGGAGGGCUUCCUCGGUUCAUGAUAUAGAAGGAUUCAAUGUCCAUCCCAAGAGCAUAUUUAGAGACCGACAUGCCAGUGAAGACAAUGGUCGCAAUGUUAAAGGGCCUUUUAAUCAUAUCAAGUCAAGUCUCCUGGGAUCCACGUCGGAUUCAAACCUCAACAAAUACAGCACCAUUAACAAGAUUCCACAGCUCACUCUGAAUUUUUCAGAUGUCAAAGCUGAAAAAAAGAAUGCAUCCCCUCCUUCUUCAGAUAAAACCAUUAUUGCGCCCAAAGUUAAAGAUCGAACACACAAUGUGACAGAGAAGGUUACCCAGGUUCUCUCUUUAGGAGCAGAUGUUCUACCAGAAUAUAAACUGCAGACACCACGCAUCAACAAGUUUACAAUAUUGCACUACAGUCCUUUCAAGGCCGUCUGGGAUUGGCUUAUUCUUCUGUUGGUCAUAUACACUGCUAUAUUCACUCCCUAUUCUGCAGCCUUUCUCCUCAAUGACAGAGAAGAACAGAAAAGACGAGAAUGUGGCUAUUCCUGUAGCCCUUUGAAUGUGGUAGACUUGAUUGUGGAUAUUAUGUUUAUCAUAGAUAUUCUAAUCAACUUCAGAACAACAUAUGUAAAUCAGAAUGAAGAAGUGGUAAGUGAUCCAGCCAAAAUAGCAAUACACUACUUCAAAGGCUGGUUCCUGAUUGACAUGGUUGCAGCAAUUCCUUUUGACUUGCUGAUUUUUGGAUCGGGUUCUGAUGAGACAACAACAUUAAUUGGUCUUUUGAAGACAGCUCGACUCCUUCGUCUUGUGAGAGUGGCCCGAAAACUUGAUCGAUACUCAGAAUAUGGGGCUGCAGUUCUAAUGCUCUUAAUGUGCAUAUUCGCCCUGAUUGCUCACUGGCUGGCUUGCAUUUGGUAUGCCAUUGGGAAUGUAGAAAGGCCCUACCUGACUGACAAAAUCGGCUGGUUGGAUUCCUUAGGACAACAAAUUGGGAAACGUUACAAUGACAGUGACUCCAGUUCUGGACCAUCCAUUAAAGAUAAAUACGUCACAGCACUUUAUUUUACCUUCAGCAGUUUAACCAGUGUGGGAUUUGGGAAUGUGUCUCCUAACACCAAUUCGGAGAAAAUCUUUUCGAUUUGUGUUAUGUUGAUUGGCUCACUAAUGUAUGCAAGCAUUUUUGGGAACGUAUCUGCAAUUAUCCAAAGACUAUACUCGGGGACUGCCAGGUACCACAUGCAGAUGCUGCGAGUAAAAGAGUUCAUUCGCUUUCACCAAAUCCCCAACCCUCUGAGGCAACGGCUUGAAGAAUAUUUCCAGCACGCAUGGACUUACACCAAUGGCAUUGACAUGAACAUGGUCCUAAAGGGUUUCCCAGAAUGUUUACAAGCUGACAUUUGUCUACAUCUCAACCAGACUUUGCUGCAAAACUGCAAAGCCUUUCGGGGGGCAAGUAAAGGUUGCCUUAGAGCUUUGGCAAUGAAGUUCAAGACCACCCAUGCACCCCCAGGAGACACCCUGGUUCACUGUGGGGAUGUGCUCACUGCGCUUUAUUUCUUAUCCAGAGGCUCCAUUGAAAUCCUCAAAGAUGACAUUGUGGUAGCUAUUCUGGGAAAAAAUGAUAUAUUUGGAGAAAUGGUCCAUCUUUAUGCCAAACCUGGAAAGUCUAACGCAGAUGUCAGAGCGCUCACAUACUGUGACUUGCAUAAGAUUCAGAGAGAGGACUUGCUAGAGGUUUUGGACAUGUAUCCUGAGUUUUCUGAUCACUUUCUCACAAACCUAGAGUUGACUUUCAACCUGAGGCAUGAGAGUGCAAAGGCUGAUCUCUUACUACGAUCACAGUCCAUGAAUGAUUCUGAAGCAGACAACUGUAAACUGCGAAGGAGAUUGUCAUUUGAUAGUGAAGGAGACAAAGAAAGCACUACAAAUGACCCUGAAGACUCUGUAGAUACCAUAAGACAUUACCAGAGUUCCAAAAAGCACUUCGAAGAGAAAAAAAGCAGAUCUUCAUCUUUUAUCUCCUCCAUUGAUGAUGAACAAAAGCCUCUCUUCUCAGGACUUGUUGAUUCUCCUCCAGGAAUAGGGAAAGCAACUGGACUUGAUCUUGAAACAGUGCCCACCUCAGGAAGAAUUCGCAUAGAUAAAAGAAGUCACUCUUGCAAAGAUAUCACUGACACAAGAGGCUGGGAAAGAGAAAAUGCUGGGACUCAGGCUGAUGAGUCUAGUCCCUCAGCACUUCAGCGAGCUGCCUGGGGAGUCUCUGAAACCGAAAGCGACCUCACCUAUGGAGAAGUGGAGCAAAGAUUAGAUUUGCUUCAGGAACAGCUUAACAGACUUGAAUCCCAAAUGACUGCAGACAUCCAGACCAUCUUACAGCUGCUGCAGAAACAAACCACUGUGGUCCCACCAGCCUAUAGCAUGGUAACUGCAGGAGGAGAGUAUCAGAGACCCACCAUCCGCCUGAUGAGAACCAGUCAUCCGGUAGCGUCCAUCAAGACAGAUCGAAGUUUCAGUCCUUCCUCACAGUGUCCUGAAUUUCUAGACCUUGAAAAAUCUAAACUUAAAUCCAAAGAAUCCCUCUCAAGUGGAGUACAUCUGAACACCGCUUCGGAAGACAACUUGACUUCACUUUUAAAACAAGACAGUGAUAUCUCUUUAGAGCUUCACCCCCCACGGCAAAGGAAAACUUGCCUUCAUCCAAUUAGGCAUCCCUCUUUGACAGAUUCAUCCCUAAGCACUGUAGGAGUCUUGGGUCUUCAUAGGCAUGUUUCUGAUCCUGGUCUUCCGGGGAAAUAAUCAUUUUGUACUGUUUAUUCCACAUACAAUGUAAGUGCUUUUAAUGGCUGUUUUCCUUUUUGUAUUUAAAUCCUCUCUACUUGACUCAGGGGCUCACAAGGUACCAUUAUAUGCAAAAGUACUGUAUAUUUUCCUAAAUUGAUGCUUGUAAGGUAAAAUUGAGCAGUUAGGAUGUAAAUAUAUGUAUGAACUCUUCUGUUCCAAAUGUUGAAACUGCCAGCAUCUCAAGGCACCUUACUUUUUAUUUUUAUUUUUUGAAUCAUGUGCAUGUUAGGAAACUCCAAUUUCUCUUGCAUGGAGACUCCUAUUUAUUGCUUUUACUAAACCAGUACUUUGCUAUGAAAAUGCCUUCCAAGCAGGAAAGCAGAGGAUAAAAUUGUUCAUGGAUGCAACUCAGAUGAUCCUCAACUCACGGAAGUUCAAGGAGGCAGGCGAAAGGGAACCUGGUCACUUUUGAGAACAGAUAUCCUUCUGGAUUGAGAUGUUUAUAGAUAAUUACAUUCAUUCUAGCACACCGGAAAAAAAAUACAGUUUUAGAGUUAUAAAUUUCUGACAGUAUAGGAAACCAUUUCCAAAUACAUGAAUAUAGGCCAGCUUUAAUGAGGACCAAAAGGCCUUUCUAUUUAAAAUUCUUUCUCUAACUGUAUUCACAACUGUAUUCACAAACUCCCUAAAAUAUUUUCCAUUGGCACAUUUCCUUAAAUGCUUAGAAACAAGUUUCUCUAAUUUUUAUUUUCUUUUUUGUUGGUGGGUGGUGUUGGAAGGGAGUCAUCUUAAGAACUGCUGAAGUGCUACCGACACAAACUAGUAUCCACAGCUUUCUUCUGACUCACAUUUUAGGGCAAUACUGAAUUUGAUCAAAUAAGACUUUUGAUCAAAUUAGCACACAUUGUUUUCUUUCCAAAAACUGUGCAAUUUUAGUGGAUUUAUGUGGCAAAACUAGCUUCCAUUAAAGGUAUGCUGUUCUGUGACUUUCUAAUUCCAGCUACAGAAAAAACAGUAUGCAUUUACCUAUCUAUAAAGAAAAUGGACAAACCAGCAGAAAAAAAUUUUCAAUUUUAUUUGGUUAUUCAAACACAUUUACUAAUCAAAGAGUAACUGAAAAUCUAUGAUAUGUGAAUUGGGCUGAAUAUAUAUUGAUUCAAAAUAUCAGAAUAUAUGAUGGAAUAUAUUUUAAUAUAUUCAAUUAUUAGAUUAUUUUGGGAGAGUGGUGACAUAUGCCUCUCGUAAAAUCAGCGUACAGAUAAGUUGCAAGUUAAUUUAAGAUUCUGAUUAGCCAAAUUCCAGUUAAGACCUUUUAUUUUUUAAUUGAUUUGAGUACAACUUUAAAUUUAUUAUGGAUUGGUUCAUUGUACCCUUUCCUUCUGAACAAAAUGUCAAAACUUUUGAAAGUUUCUUCAUCUUUUACUAAGUUUUACACUUAUAUAUAUUUUUAAAGACACACUGUAUCUGUGUAUGUUAUUAAAUGGAUUUAUUUCUGUCCCUCUAGGAUAGAAAUAUAUAAUCUAUUGACUUACUUUUACCAUUGACUAGUAUAUUAGUUUCAAAUACAAGCAACUUAUUUAAAUUUACAAAAACUUUGCACUAUUUAAAAUAUAAAUAAAGUGACCUUAAAUUGCUCCCUAUAUAUUGUUUAAUGGUCACAUAAAUUGAUAAUCUGUGUGGAGGCAAUCUGUAGGCCUAGGCAUGUUUUAUCCCUGCUUAAUUUUUGAAAAUAAAAACAUAAGCAACCAAAUACACAUGACAGAGUGUGUACACAGACCAGUCAAUUCAAUAAAAGUAUGAUAAUUUUAGCCAGCUUUCCAAAUUGUUUGGUGUUAUGCAGAUAGAAAUUUAGGGGCUAACAGAUGAUUUCCUUUCCUCACUCAACAAACUUUUAUGGGUGUCUAGCAGAGGAGAAAGAGAAAUGGCUAACUGAUCCAGUGGACAACUUAGGGAUUUUGUUUCUGUAUGUAGGCAGAUUUUUGCAGCUGCAACAAAUUUCAGAAGGAUUGUCAGUCCAAGCUCCAGGGAAAUUCAGAAUGAAUUCACCAGAGAAUGUUCAUUUAUAGUGAGAAAAUAUCUGGCAGGUGAGGAAUUCAGAUCUGAUUGAUUAGUGAAUGCUUCAGCUUCAACAUUUGGUAUGACAUACAUAAAAUUCAGCCUCCCACAUAAAGCUUCUAUACUUCUUUAUAAAAACUAAGCAUGAAGGAAUAGGAACAUGGGAAGUGGUGUGCAAGCAUCCAGCUUGUUUAAAUUCUAGUAUAGCAUGAACAUUUUUUUCUUUGUAAUUCCUCAACAUAAAAGAAUUUCUUGAUAUUAAAAUCCAAGUCUCAGAGGGUGCGAUAGGAUUAGGAAGGUCCAUUCCUACAGGAU